AUGCGAAAUAUGUUCUGCGAUUUCCAUUGCAACGCUAAUCAGAGCCGGAUUGUCGAGGUACUUCACACUGGCUGGGGCAGAACCAUAACGGGUAUUCGCGUACAGAUUGAGCCUGACUUUGCGAACGCAAUUUUUAAGGACUGUUCUAAAAUAAAGUUCCUUUGGAUCCGUAUUGUGGACAAAAUCUGCAUUCGAAAACCUUGCAACGCGAAGGAGUUCUUCCGCAGUCUCGGAGCUACAGGCGCAAUGGGAGGUUCCUCGCCCUACCUUAUUGAAUUCGAGUUUACGAAGUAG